UAAGUAACAGAGGAAGAAAAUCGUAGAAUUAUAUUGAAAAAGCAGCAAGAAGAGAGAAAAAAAAGAGAAAGAGUUGAAUUAAUAGCUAUAUAUAAAUGGCAUCCGAAAGAGUUUAUGAGGAUUUUGAGCCCCGAGUUUUGUUUUCACAAGAGAAAGGCAGUAGAGCCAUCUUAUAUGAGGCUCAUUUACCAGAUUUCUCAAAGGAAGAAAUAAAGGUCACAGUAACGGCUCAAAGGAGAGUGAAGGCCCAGGGAGAAAGACACAGUCCUGCUAUAAAGGGCGCAGAAAAUAAAUGGAUGAGGUUCUGUGUGGAGCGCCCCAUCCCACAAGGGUAUGACCAAGACAAGAUUAGUGCCAAGUUUGAAAGUGGCAUUCUAUCUAUAAGAAUUCCCAAAAUAAGAACAACAAUAGAUUAUGUUAAUGAUGAUGAUGAUGUUGAUGAUGAUACUGACUAUGAUGAUGAUGAUGAUGAUGAUGAUGAUGAUGAUGAUGAUGAUGAUGAUGAUGAUGAUGAUCACAAGCCUAAUAAUGUUAAAGAAUAUAAGGAAGGAAAAGAUGACCAAUUGAAAAAUGAUGCAAAAAGUAGUGAUGAAACUUCUUCUUCUUCUUGUGAAGAAGAAGAAGAAGAAGAUAAUGGGGCAAAGAAUGGAGUGCCUAUUGCCAAGCAGCUGGAGAUGAAGAUGAGGAACAUUGGCAUUGCACUCUAUGUUAAGAACAUAUUAUAUAGUACAAGCUAAGUAAGUACAUGAUUAUUAAUUAGAUCACAAGAAUGGUGAAUAAUAUAUAAAGAGCUAGUGGAUAUCAAUCAUGCAUGUAUGUAAUUAAAGAGCAUUUGAAUUG